AUGCUGGAGCUCCAUACCUGGACCCAUUACUCGCGAUCGCCUGGGUACGUGUGGACGUUGAGGAAGAUCAGCGCCACAAAUUAUGUGAUUGCAUCUGCUGCGCGGCUGUUGAAGUCUUUGCAAUGCCGAUGUGCUGAUGGGGAAGCACAGCGUCUGAUGGCACCCUGCCUUGUACGUAGCCUGUACAAGGGCUUGGUUCUGCAAUUCCUGCGAGCCAGGUACAGAGUUCGCCGAGGUGGGUACCAGUGUGCAGCUGCAGGUCGUCUUGGCGCCAGUGAGAUCUCUUUAUGCGCCACUGUAGAAGACAAUAUGGCAUAUAGAUAUAAUAUGGAAGCAGAUGAGGUGCGGUCAGUGAAGAAAUCGAUAUGGACGUGA